UAUAAUAGGAGGCUGGCAUUGUACUUUUAAAUUCCCUGGAGACAAGUAUAAAAGGCCAGCAAAGAGAAAGGAAAUCACUCUCUUCUCUUUUCACUCUGGUUUAACAUCGAAAUCCAAAAGAUGUUUUCGAGAACACUCGUUGUGGUACUGGCCUUAGGGUCCCUGGUCGACGUCGAGGCCAAACCAGCACCCAGUCCCCAGAUUCUUCCUUAUGGCGUCACCAGCCCCGUCCUGCCUAACCACGCUCUUCCCUUGACAGCGGCUUCAAUGAUGUUCCAGUCACCAAUGCUUCCUAUGCACCCACCUAUGGUCCUUCCUCAUCCACCAGCCAUGCCUGUUCACCCCCCUAUGCUCCUUCCUCAAUCACCAAUGCUACCUAUGCACCCGCCUGUGUUACCUCAUUCACCAAUGCUUCCUGCACCGAUGAUCCCACCAAUGUUUCCCGGUCAUCCACCGAUGAUGCCAAUGUUAGGUUAGGAAGACGUGGCACCAUUUCAACUGGCCCAGAG